GUGUUGAGAAAUAAGAACAUUUUAUCAAAAGUUUUGACAACUCGGAACUAUCGCUACUUUGUAAUGCAGCCCUACAAUCAAAAAUAACGGCGCGCGGAAAAAUCUGGCGUCGCUUCAUUUUACAGAUCUUCAAUUGAUAAUAGGAAAUUAAAAGAAAAUAAAAAUUUGUUAUGGAAUCGCGUUUGCCAAAGCCUACGGGUCUGAAAAGGCCCACGCCAGCAAUAAAGCCAAUUUUACCAACUGAUCGAAUAAAGGCGUCCACCAACAGCAUCAGUGCAAAUACAACAAUGCAGCCUCUUUCCAGAGACUUGCAGAACAUUCCGCAAGCAAUGAGGCGCUUUGGAGCACGCGCCGCAUCUCCUGAGGCAUCGAGUGCAAUACAGAAUCGAGUGAAAUUGCGACGCAGUCGCUCGGUGAAUGACAUUAACGAAUUACGGCGAAAUAAUAAGCGCCCAGGCGCACCCAAAAUGCCAAGCAUACCAUGCAAAUUCCAGCGAUUUGGCAAUAGUAGCACAACAUCAAGUACGAGUAUGACCGCGUCAGCAACAGCAUCAGUUGCAGUUACGCGUGUCGCAACUGUGCCAGUCAAACGUCCCCCUCCAGGAACUACAACAACAACAGCGCGUACAUUGCUGCGUUCGACUUCGACACAGUCGACCAAACCUAAAGCAGGCGCGGGUGCGGGCGCAGGCGCAACCGGGAGCAGUUCGACAGUUGCUGCACCAAAGCGCAUUGCUCCCUACGAUUUUAAGGCGCGCUUUCACGAUUUGCUGGACAAGCACAAAGUGCUAAAGGCGAAAAAUGAGAAGCUACUGGACGACAUGACCGACCUGGAAUCGCUACCCUCGCAACUGGAAGAAACGCAGGAUAAACUCAUUGAGACCCAGACAACGCUGAAGAACACACUGACCCAUAAGGAGUGCCUGCAGCGUCAGGUCAAUCAGCAAACCAGUAAAAUUGAGACAAUUACUGGCACACUAGGUCGCAUCAAUUGUGAACUAGAUCUGCUAAAGACCACACAUCAGAAAAUGAAAAGCCAACAUGAUUCGCUUUCCGCGGAGGUAUUGGAGCAGCGCGAUCAGAUUGAAAUGCUCAUCCGCGAGAAAGAGCAGCUAACUGCCGAGAGAGACAUAUACAAGGAGCAGCUCUUCCAAUCGAACAUGGACCGAAAGGAGUUGCACAACACCGUCAUGGAUUUGCGUGGCAAUAUACGCGUCUUCUGCCGUGUUCGUCCGCCACUGGAUUAUGAGUUGUCUCGAUUAUCCUGCACUUGGACGUAUUACGACGAGGCUACAGUGGAGUUGCAGAGCUUGGAUAGUCAGGCUAAGAACAAGAUGGGUCAGCAGAUAUUUACCUUCGAUCAGGUGUUCCAUCCAAAUUCGCUGCAAGAGGAUAUUUUCGCAUCAGUUGCACCAUUAAUUCAAUCCGCUUUAGAUGGGUACAACAUAUGCAUAUUUGCCUACGGCCAGACGGGCAGCGGCAAGACAUACACGAUGGACGGUGUGCCAGAUAAUGUGGGCGUUAUUCCACGUACUGUCGAUCUACUGUUUGAAUCGAUCUCAACCUAUCGUAAAACGGGCUGGAAAUAUGAGAUUAAGGCGACAUUUUUGGAAAUCUACAAUGAGGUACUUUACGAUCUGCUGAGCAACGAACAAAAGGAGAUGGAAAUUCGUAUGGCCAAAGGUGCGAACAAGAAUGACAUCUAUGUGUCCAAUAUAACUGAGGAAACUGUCACGGAUCCCAAUAAUUUGCGCCGGCUCAUGGACUUGGCCAAAGCGAAUCGUGCCACGGCAUCCACAGCGGGCAAUGAGCGUUCGUCACGUUCGCAUGCGGUCACCAAGCUGGAGCUUAUCGGCUACCAUGCAGAGAAGGACGAGAUGUCGGUGGGCUCCAUCAAUCUGGUCGAUUUGGCUGGCUCAGAGUCGCCAAAGACCAGCGUCCGGAUGACCGAAACCAAAAACAUAAAUCGUUCCCUCUCGGAGCUAACAAAUGUUAUAUUGGCACUGCUUCAAAAGCAGGAUCAUAUACCAUAUCGUAACUCAAAGUUGACACAUUUGUUGAUGCCAUCGCUUGGCGGCAAUUCCAAGACACUUAUGUUCAUCAAUGUGUCACCGUUUCAAGACUGUUUUCACGAAUCGGUCAAAUCACUGCGCUUUGCCGCAUCCGUCAAUUCGUGCAAAAUGGCCAAGGCCAAGCGGAAUCGUUACUUGAACAAUGCCUCAGCGUCCAGCAACACCAGUUGCUAAAAUUAGCCACUGAACAAUUCACAUUCACGUUUUUAAUGAUGUCUGCCGACAGUUUUAACAUGUAUAUUCCCUUUUUAUAAAUUCACAAUACGCACCUAAAUUUUUUGUGUUAUCACGUAAAUUAUAAAUGUAAACUAAUAAACUUUGAACAAAUA